AACAGGUAUUUUCUGUAAAUUGUAAUGAAGGCAACAGAAAACAUACCCAGAAGUUUAAUAAUUUUUGUUUUAGAGAACUUUUAAUCAUAAUUACGAUCGGCUUUUACUAAUGUAUAAUAUGGGAAUGGUAUUUAUUUAGUCGUAGAGAUGACGUGGUGUUUGUUUUGGAUGUUCGCUUGAAGUUCACCAAGAAGCAGGAAGUCAAACUCAAGUCAAAGAACUUGAAGAAGUGAGGUUUAAUUUCAACUAGUCAUCGAAACUGAAAUACACCCGCCUGCCUGUCUCUACCAUGUUUUUCCUUUGUGGUUUACUGUUGUUACUGAAGGUGUCAUUACAUGGAGUUCAAUCAGUCUGUCCGAUAGAAUCUCGGUAUUAUAGCAGAGGUGAAAUUGUGAGUGAACCUUCAGAAUAUCGCUAUCCAAACAACUACUGCAAGUUUUGGCAGGUCACUGGAAGCCAGAAUGCUACUGUCACCAUUAGCUUUGAUUACCUAGACAUCCGAACUGACGACAACUUGACGUGUAAUCAAGACUUCUUGGAGAUAGGUCCGGUGCCGGUACAGAGGUAUUGUGGGUCGAGUGUUCCAUCUCCAUACAUCACGACAAUCCGACAGGACCACAUAUGGCUGCACUUUGUCACAGACGGCAUUGGUCAGGGUCGAGGCUUCAAACUUAGUUAUAUUGUGGAUUAUGUUCCUACGAGGACGGGAUGUCAGGAAAACGAGUCGGCGUGUGCUAACCAGAAAUGCAUUUUUGACAAAUGGAAAUGCAAUGGGCUCAAUGAAUGUGGAGACAACUCUGACGAAGAUUCGUGUGGACCCGAUGUGAAGCGACCAACCCAGCCCCCCAGGGACCAAUGUGAGAGUCCCAACUUCAAGUGCGUUUCCGCUGACCAGGUCCAACUGUUCUGUUUCCAUCCGUCGGCUAUGUGCGACGGACACGUGGACUGUGCAGAUGGCAUGGAUGAAUCACCAGCUCAGUGUAGAGCAGAAUCCGAGACCUGUCACAAACAUCUCGACGGUCCAGUAGGACGUUUCACAAGCCCGAGAUACCCCAGCGACUACCCGAACAAUAUCAACUGUGACUGGAGACUUCAUCUGUCAUCUCCAAAUGAAAAACUACAGCUACGCUUCCUAGACUGGGCAUUGCAGGACGAGCCUGAUACAGACUACGUUAUUGUGUACGAUGGAAAGAAUGAAAACAGCGACAUUAUCGGAAAAUACUAUGGGCGACAUCACCCACCUGCACUGAUAGAGUCGAGCACUAAUUGGCUCUUUGUUACCUUCCAUUCUGAUGACAAGUACCCUGAGAAGGGAUUCAAUGCUAGUUUUCAACAAAAAGGUUACUGUUUGCUAAACCAGUGGAGCUGUGGAUUCGGUGAUGUGGACUGUUACGAUGUCAAGCAGAGGUGUGAUGGCUUCUGGGAUUGCAAGAAUUUUGGAGGAGACGAAAAAGGCUGUGAUAAAUGUAGUACAGAUACGUAUAGCUGUGGAUCAAAUACAGGUAGCUGUUACACAAAGAGAGAUCGUUGUAAUGGCAACCACACUUGUGCGACUUACGCAGAUGAAACCAACUGUUCUAUUGACAAGUGCAGUCCGGAUCUCGGUUUGUUUCUGUGUAAGAACAAGAAGUGUAUAUAUGAAUGGUGGACGUGUGAUCGGACUAACGACUGUGGUGAUAAUUCAGACGAAGAGAAUUGUUCAUUCAGUACACCCCGUGUGAUAAUUGCCGCAGUUGUGGGCUCCAUGGUGUGUUCCCUUCUACUUGUGGUCGCGCUCGGAUGCACGUGUAAAGUCUAUGCCUUGAGGAUGCAGGACCAGAACGCGGGUAGACACGAGACGCCUCUUUGUCGUAUGCAUGCCGAGUUAGUGCGCAGACGCGCCCCUCCCCCUCCAUACAACGAAGCCAUGAGGACUAGCGCUCCAUACAAUGAAGUCCAGAUCUUUUUCCAGCGUCUCCAAGCGGAAAAUGCGGAAGCCACAAGAAACCGACCUCUUCCUCAAGUCCCGGAGACUGUGCCUUUGAACCAGGCCAGCACAGAGAUUUCAAAUUCGAAUAUCAUAUCCAUGAAUGACAACGAUGAUGUUCCGUUAAUUUCCUUAACGGGUACGAAUGACGUGGUAACCAAUGAAAUAUCAUCGUCGUCAGCGGUGGAGCUGAUUCCACCGACAACUGCCAGUGAUUCGGAGGGGGAGAAUGGGGGCUGUGACAAUUUAGCGUUUGAGACUGCUGUGGAUAUUGCUGUGUCGGAGGCUAUACGAGACACUGUCUCCUGGAAGAAUGGUGACAAUGAGACGUCAUCUGUGAUAGCGCCGUCGGUGGAGAACUACAACGAUGAUGGGUGUAGUGACAGUGCCGACUCGGCCAGUGCUAGCAUUUCCUUAGACAAUGUGUCCAUUCCAGCCUCGGAGAGCCCCAACAAGAAGAACAGUUCGACUGAUGAGGGCUCUCUAAGGGAGAUAAUCGACUCCAGGGAGCGAUCGCGACGUGGCUCACAGAAUUCCUUGGAGUCUAAUGCUUCAGAUGAAAGUACACAGCAGUUGAUACAGUAAAUGAUGAAUAU